GUAAACUGCAUACGACACUUGAUAAGGUUUGUCGACACAUGACAUACUUCAAUAAAAAUUGAAAUCCCAUGCAAUAUAAAUUUUACAAUUUCCUCAAUAAUCAUGUUCAGUCUUCCUUUAAUUAAAUACAAUGUCUGACAUAUGCUACAGAAAACGCUAAAAAGAAAAAAAAAAUUCUCAAAUCAUGGAUUUCAUAAAUGUUAUAAAUUAUCAAAAAAAUAAUCCAUUUCGUUUUAAAGUCAAAAAUCGAAAAAAUAGCGUUAAUAUUAAUUUGUGUUACAAGUAUGCUGCUGCUAUCAGCGCAUCCACAACAGUAGCCGGAUACGGAAUGAUAAUAUCCUGGACGUCACCAGCCUUACCACAUUUGUUGAGUACUAAAUCAACAUUUCCAGUAACUGAGAUGCAAGGUUCAUGGGUAGCCUCUCUUCUUAGUUUUGGAAUAAUAAUCGGUUACAUACUCAAUCCUUUUCUAAUCGACACAAUUGGAUCAAAAAGAACACUUCUAUUUCUAGCUGUACCACAAAUAAUAUCCUGUCUUUUAAUUUACUUUGGACAAAAUUGGAUUGUACUUUGUGUGGCAAGAAUUAUCGGUGGCAUUGGCUAUGGCGGUGGUUUAUGUUCAACGGCAAUUUAUGUCUCACAAAUUGGCGAUGAAAAUAAUCGUGGAUUUUUUUUGACAUUUGUCAAAAUGUUCUUUAAUAUCGGUGUAUUUGUUACUAUGAUUUUUGGUGCAUUUCUUCAAUAUAAUAUUAUGAAUCUUGCUAUAUUGGGAAUUCCUCUAUUUUUUGUGAUAACAUUUUUUUUUAUGCCCAACACUGAUCAAUUUUGUGAGAAAGGCGAAUAUGUACAGGAAAAAUUAACGGACAAUGAUAAUAAUGAAGGACAAAUUGAUGCUUUUAAAAUACACAAUUGUUUUGAUGGAAAUUUAAAAGAUUCUACUGUUGCUAAAAAUUUAAAUGACAUUAAAAAUAGUGCUGAAAAUUCUAAAAGUAUUAAAAAUAUAACAAAUGGAGAUAAAAACAAAGAAAUUCCUCAUCAUGUGCUUUUAAAUGCAAAUGACAUUCUUAAAAUUUCAAUGAAUAAUGAAAACAAUGAGAAUACAAAUCAAAAUUCCACAAAUAAAAUUAAAUCAAAAUCACAAAAAAAUAAUUGGUACAAAUUAUUUGUUCAAAAAAAUAAUCGAAGAGCUCUGAUAAUAAUUGUAAGUGCUUCAUUAACGGAAAUAUUAUCAGGACACAUGGCAAUAGUUUCUUUUGCACAACAAAUUUUUGAAUACAGUAGCGGAUUUUUAAGAGCUGAAUAUGCAGCCUUAAUACUGUCGGGUCUCAAAAUUGGUGCAUCAUUUUUUUCAACGCUUGUUGUAGAAAAAUUUGAAAGAAGACAUAUAUUUUUGAUAACGGGACUUUUGGCAAGUUUAUCACAAGCAUCAGUUGGUGUAUUCUUUUUUUUAAAAUUAUACAUGAAUAUGGAUGUUUCUUCAAUAACAUGGUUACCACUUGUUGGUGUAUCAGCCUAUGAGGUUGUUGGUAGCAUUGGAAUGAGUAGUUUAUAUUAUGUCUAUCAGGGUGAAUUAUUUGCCAAUGAAAUAAAAGGUCAAGGUGUUACAUGUACAAAUAUUACAUAUGAGAUUAUUACAUUUUUGGUGAAAUUAAAUUUUCAAUUAAUUAUCGACGCCGUUGGUAUUUAUUCAGUAUUUUGGGCAUUUAGUUGUUGUUGUGCUAUUGGAUCGUGUGUUACUUAUUGGAUAACACCUGAAACAAAAGGCAAGAGCAGAAGAGAGAUUCAAAAAUUAUUAGGAGAUAAGUCGGAAAAUUUUUAAAUUGAAAUUUUUACGUUUUUUUUAAGCUUUUAAUAUUUGGCAUUUAUUUUUGGUUAUUUUUUUUUUUAAUUUACUCCAAUUUUUAUUAUUUUAUGGAUUUUUAUCUAAAAUAUUUUUUUUCGUUUAUGCAAAUUUUUUAAUUUUGUAUUUUUUUUUUUAAUGCUCCUUUCUCUCGUAGUAUAAAUUUUUUCUUUCCUGUUAUUAAAUUUGUUAUUUAAUAUUUGUUUUGUUGAAUUUUACGUUACUCUUAUCAGUAUUUUAAGUUACUUGUAUGUCAAUUUAAUUGUUGUGUAUGUACAUUUAAUAGAAUAUAGAAAAAAAGUGAAAUUUU